AAUGUAUUUAUUUAUUUUACAUUUUUACACUCUAAAGAACAACUGGUGCUUCUUAUUCCUCACUCCUUGUGUAACUAUCUUUUUAUAUGAUAUAUAAGCUCAUGGCCUAAAACACGGAGGUGUCACAUGGAAGCUGCCACUCUGUUCUUUCAGUUUAUGUAUUUUUCCUCCUGCACAUUUCUCUAUAAGCAAUCAAACCUUCCGACGAGUCAGGAUUGAAUAUGAACCUUUUGGGAGAAAUUUAACAUCAGUUUAACAAGUAUGGAUAAAUCAUGUCUCAAACGAAGGGGCUGAUUCUCAGGAUUAUAAAUCGAGGAUUAUAAAUCUUAAUUGUGUAAAAGGUUCAUUUUUCCAUUUUUACUGUCGGAAAUAUUGGUAAUUCCUGACCACUGAUGUUGUACUUAAAAUGAUUGCUCGGCUUUGCGCAAAACUGUCGUGUGUAUAGAUACAAAAUACACCGGCAAUUACUAAAUAAUUAGGCUUUUAUACUAUCAAAUGGAAAAAAAAACAAACAAAAAAAAACUGGAUAAGCUGAUUUGAAAUUGAAAAAAUGAAGGUGUAGUCUGUUCUACCUGUACAGCCUGCCUGGAUGAUGUCCUAUUAUUUAGAAAAAUAGAUCUCAGAUGAACUAGGUUGAUUUUGUUCAUUUUUUGAAAGUUUAUAUGUAUUUAAUAGCGGGUGGCAGCUCUUUUAAUGUGCAAAUUUAAAGCGGUGACAGAAAGCGCCAAUGAAAACAGACUCCUAAAUUCAGUCCGCCACUUUUUCCGCCUGUGACAGCCAUUACGUCACUGUCGGCUUUAGCCAAUCACAGCGGGGUACGAGCCCUUCUACUUUCCAAGUGACACGCUCAAAGUUUGGACUUUUUCAGCAAAAGGACAGCGGGUCGAUGAAAAUGUUUUAUUAUCUUCCAGGUCUUCAUAUGUGAACUACCAAGAAAGACUGGCAUUUUAUUUAUAGAAGAUUUCAAAACAACACUGAAUAGCUGCCUAUAGCUGUCGAGGCGAACUGUCUCUCUCUCUUUCUCUCUCUCUCUCUUUUUUCUCUCUCUCUUUCUGUCUUCCUCUUUAUUCAGAGAGAAUGCCAAAGCUUGAACAUUUGCAAUGUUUUUAACUCAGCGACUGGAUUUCGCCUGGGAGGAGAUGGCUAGAACGCAGCAUUCUGAUUAAUUCGGAAUUUUAAACGCCCAAAAAAAAAAAAAAAAAAAAAAAAAAAAUCUAGCGUUAAGCCUAUUUUUGUUAAUGCAAUGCUUUUUAUGCGCGGUUUUGCAAUUUCGUGCACUUGGUUGCAGAGUAACCUGCUCUUUUUGUCCUGUGGGCGCUUUUAUGCACAGUAAAUAACCUCAUUUUAUUUUUUGAAAUCACACUUUUUACAACUCUCCGCGUACUUGCACAUUUUAAGCCGUUUUGAGCUGUAGUUGCUCGGUUAUGUUAGCUGUGGGGCAAAUGGACGGACCUCGUCAGGGCGCCUUCCUCCUCAACACCUCGCCUUUAUCCGCUCUGCACAGCAUGACCGAGAUGAAGACGCCUCUGUACCCGGCUUACCCGCUACCGUCUACCGGCCCGGCGUCGUCCACCUCCCCUACCUCCACCUCUCCCAACCCGGGCGGGGUCCCGGUGUCUUCCCCGGGGAUCAAAACGUCAACGGCUGGACUCUCGACUCUCGUAUCCCAGCAGUGCGGGGCCUCAGCCACCCCACAUGGGAUAAACGACAUCCUCAGUCGGCCGUCGGUGGUCUCUUCUGGAGCAGCGUCCUCUCCAGCCGGUCUGCUGACUGGUCUGCCCCGCUUCAGCAGCCUGAGUCCACCUCCUCCUCCGGGGCUUUACUUCAGCCCGAGCGCAGCCGCCGUGGCCGUGGCCCGCUACCCCAAACCUCUGGCCGAGCUGCCCGGCAGGACCCCUAUAUUCUGGCCGGGAGUGGUGCAAAGCCCGCACUGGAGAGAUGCCAGAUUUGCGUGUUCGCCUCAUCAGAACUCAGUGCUGCUGGAUAAAGACGGAAAGAGGAAACACACACGACCCACGUUUUCCGGUCAGCAAAUUUUCGCGCUGGAAAAGACUUUUGAACAGACCAAGUAUUUAGCAGGACCUGAGAGAGCGCGUCUGGCCUACUCCCUGGGCAUGACAGAGAGCCAAGUGAAGGUGUGGUUUCAAAACCGGAGGACGAAGUGGCGGAAGCGGCACGCGGCUGAAAUGGCCUCGGCCAAGAAGAAACAAGACUCGGAGACCGAGCGGCUGAAGGGCGCGUCGGAAAACGAAGACGACGACGACGAUUACAACAAGCCUUUAGAUCCAAACUCGGACGACGAGAAAAUCACGCAACUGCUAAAGAAACACAAACCGAGCCCCGGGCUCAUAGUGCACGCAGGAGACCCCGACAGCUCGUAAACAAGCCGCAGAGGAGCCGUGUAGACUCUCCAGUGCACAAUCACUCCAAUAACUGCGUGUUUUCAUUCCCUUGUGAAAUGUCUGUGAGUGUGUUUUGGCGAGGAAAAAGGAUGCAGAGAUCUCAUGCACUGCCGGAGGAACUGAGCGCAUCACACACUGCAAGCGGACCUUUAUGUAAAACAACAGCGUGAGUUGUAUUGAAUAGAAAUUAUAUUACUGUGAAUAUUUAUGUGUAAAAUAUCCUUUUGUAUAGUAAACGCUAUAGGCUCUUUUUUCUAAUCUCGAUUAUGUCCUGUUUGCAUCCCCACACCGGAAUAAGCGCAUCUCAUUUUCAUUUUAACACUGUUUUUCUUUCUUUCUUUCUAUUUUUUUUUUAAAUUUCUUUCCAAAUAGCAUUUCAAUUUAAAACCAGUGUAGGCCUGUUUCUGCCCCAGCUGGCCCAAGACACCUGACAGCCAGUUCUACAGUUUAAGUUGUUAAGUUUUCAGUGUAAAUAAUCAACACAGUUUAACAAUAUUUGUAAAAUAACCCCUAGUGUUCGUCUCACAAUAAUAGGAUGUUCCCUUUUUCCUUUUCACACUUAAUUUAUAAAACUUUACGUUUGGAACGGUGUUGGAUGCAGGAAAUGCGCUUUGCAUAUUCGUGUGAUAUUGCACUUUUAUUUAAUAAAAAGUGAAUAUUAUUAUUAUUAUUAUGAACCUUGAUUUAUUUAUUGACAUGGUCAGUUUUUUUUUAUUUGCAUAUAUGUUUCUGGAAAUGGUUUAAACCUCUGAAAAUAUGAACCAUAGUUACAACACAUGAACAUAAAGCCUAUUUAUAAGCAUACAUUUAUUAGCCCUGUAUUUAACAUUUUUUAUAAGCACACGGCUGUUCAUAUUAUUCACUAUUAUUAAUAGUGCUGACGCUAUAAUAAGCACUGUGAAUUGAACUAGUGGAAUUCUUACAUACAUCAUGAAAAGAUCUGAACACAUCUCUCUGAAAUUUUAGUUUUGAUUUAAAAAAAAAAAAAAGGGUCCCUAGAGGACAUGUGGAUUAAUUAGAAUGUGUAAUUUUUGGAGAUUAGGCCACACAGGGAUCUGAGCUGAAACAGGGAAAGGCUGCAUUAGACUAUAGCAGGUGACAGAUGAAUGAGAGUUGAGAGUUGAGAGUUUACAGUUUGUGCAGGAAUAUCCUGCAUGAUCACAUCUGCGUGUUCUUCGCAAAUUGGAAACCAGUCAACCGAUUUGUUCUCGCUACAGAACAAUAUCUAAUUUAUGAUAUGCGAGUGAAAGAGAUGCAGAAGUUUGGCUUAAACGGAAUCAGUGUUAGUUAAGAAGGAGGUUCAAUUGUUUUAGCUUGGAAUGGCUGGAACUUCCACUCUGUCACAUCAUCGGAUGGUGCUGAACAAGUGCUGAACUAUUUCUUUACAAUGAAAUACUCAUUAUUUUUCAUCAUUAUUAUUUGUUAUAGCCGUCAAAAACUCAUAGAGCUGCUUUAUGAUCAUUGUAAGUGAUGGGUUUGAUUUUUAAUUAGCUCACUGAUUUCAAAAAAUGUCAGCUUUCUUAACUAGGAACCACAGAUUAAUAGCAGUAACAGUGUCUUAUUUUAGUUUAGUGUAGGUUUACAGCUGAGGAAACACAGGAUAGUCCAAAAUGUCAAAUCUAAAAUUUUUAUCCUAAAGUUAUGAAUAUGAGAUUUUAUUUUUAUAGGUAGUAAUUCCUAUAUGCUCAUUUUCACUUCUUACAUCACACUCAAAAUGACUUGUGACUUAAAAUAUUAUUUAUAUUUAUUUAAACACAGUAGAGCAAAAACAGGUACAUAAUCAAACACUCACAGAAACUACAGUUUAACUUGGCAGUGGGAUAUUAUCUAUAUUUGUCGCAAUAUCUGUUUACAGCUUUUAAAUCUGGUAAUUUUGUUUAAUAACUGG